AUGGGCCUUAGGCUUCCCAAUCUUGAAACCAUUGAAUUGGGACAUAAUUACUUGAAUGGAAUUGUUCCCGACUCUAUCUCAAAUGCUUCUAGAAUCACCAAAAUAUAUUUCGGUGCCAACCAAUUCUCUGGUACUUUACCCAAAUCAUUGGGUAGCCUAGAACUCCUUGAAGAUCUUGUGUUGCCAGGUAACAACUUUACUAUAGAAUCCUCAUCUAUGGAGUUAACCUUCGUCACUUCUUUGAUAAAUUGCAGACAACUAAGGGUAUUGAGCGUAUUUGGAAAUCCUUUCAAUGACAUUCUUCCAGUUUCCAUUGGCAAUCUCUCCACUUCUCUUUAUACUAUGGAUGCAAGCUAUUGCAAAUUUAAAGGGAACAUUCCUAAUGAGAUUAGCAAUUUAACCAAUUUGGCAUUCUUGGAUCUUGAUCAUAAUGACAUAGAUGGAUUAAUUUCGACGACAAUCAAAGAGUUGUGGAAACUUCAAAUUUUGCAUCUUUAA